AACUUUCUUUCUUACAACUAUUCUUCUUCUUCUUCGUUUUACCUUUUUUUUCAUUUUAUUGAUCCAGCAAGUUCACUAUGCAAUCUGACGAAGUGAUAUGGCAGGUUAUUAAUCAACAGUUUUGUUCUUAUAAAGUCAAGACUCAAAUGCAAACCUUUUGUCGUAAUGAAUACAAUGUGACAGGUCUUUGUAAUCGUCAAUCGUGUCCUUUAGCAAAUAGUCGUUAUGCUACGAUUAGAGAAGACAAAGGUAUCAUUUAUUUAUAUAUGAAAACACCUGAACGUGCUCACUCUCCAGCCAAAAUGUGGGAACGUAAAAAAUUAUCAAAGAACUACGCAGAAGCUUUGGCACAAAUCGAUAAAGAACUUUUAUAUUGGCCCAACUUUUUACAACAUAAAUGCAAGCAAAGAUUGACCAAGAUUACACAAUAUCUUAUUCGUAUGCGUAAAUUGAAAUUGAAGGAAGGUGAUGCACCUCAACUGAUUGGUAUUAAGAAAAAGGUAGAACGUCGUGAAGCAAAUAGGGAACGAAAAGCGGAAGCGGCAGCUCGACUUGAAAAAUCCAUUGAAAAAGAAUUGAUCGAACGUUUGAAAAACAAGGCUUAUGGUGAUGCUCCUCUUAAUGUCAAUCAAGAAAUCUGGCAAAAGAUUUUGGAUCAAGAUUUGGAAGGUGCCGAGGAUGAAGAAAGUGAAGAAGAAGCUGAAGAAGACAUUGAUGAAAAUGAUCGCUUGGCUGAAUUAGAGAAUGAAGAAGAAGGUGAUGAAGAUGAUGUUGAAUUUGUAUCUGACUUUGAAGAGUCAGAUAUGGAAGACAUGGAAGAUGGAUUUGAAUAUGAAGAAGAAGGACAACAAACUGAUACGUUAUUGGAAGAAGAACAAGAAAGCGAUGAAGAGGAUCAUACACCAAGAAAGAAACGUAAGGCAACAAGCAACAAAAAGUUCGGCAAACGAUCAAGGAAGGGUGCUCAUGUGGAAGUGGAAUACGAACAUGAAGAUGAAGGCGCUUUACAAUUGUAGGAUACCUUAUUAUACACACAUAUUAUUUACAAUAGAAUCCCCCCAUUUACACUUUUUCAUAUUUGUUUUAUUUGCCUGUUUUAUCAUUUUUUCCCUUACACCACCAUUACUUGUUUACUUUUUUUUUUCUUUUGAACUCUCAUUGUAUCACUUUUCAUCAUUCAAGAAUAAAAAAAAAACAUCUCAGACUUUUACAUAUUGAUCUUAUAUUGUCUCAUGUCAGCUG